GCGUUACUUCCUUUAGACAGUCUAGGGAGGUGGUCAAAACAAAGCAGUUCACAGGCGCCUGUUACACACUUCAGUGACUGCAUAUAUAGAGGGCUAUUGGGAAUCUCUAUUUUUCUGAGAGCUCAAUGGCAAACCGUUCACAUCCUGAACACAAUAUUUCUUUCCUGUGUCAAACGUCCACUACAAAUGUAGUUCUGCCCAUUAUCUACACCAUCAUGUCUCUCACUGGCCUGCCUGGGAAUGCUAUUUCUCUAUGGGUGUUCAUGCGCAAGAUCGCCAUCAAAACGUCCACGCACAUCUACCUGAUAAAUCUGGGGAUCUCAAACUUUUUGCUCUGCCUCACCAUGCCAUUCCAGGCUGCAUACUACUCGCUUGGGACCACAUGGGACCAACACAGCACCAUGUGCCAAAUGGCAAUAAAUGGUCUAACUCCAGUGAUCCACAUCAACAUCUGCAUUGGCGUGAUGAUACUGAGCUGGGUGGCGCUCAGUCGCUUUGCCUCACUAAUUCAACAUUCCCAUGCUGACCGCCCAAGUCGGUGGCUCAAAGUUCUACCCGGAGCCUUCCUUUGUCGAAAACGGCAAGCAAAACUGGCCUAUGCACUGUGCCUAAUCACCUGGGCUAUUGUGGCCAUAGCAGUCACAUCCUUUGUGGUGCUGUACUCGAUCAAGGAGGCUAUAAGUGUGAAGGACAGUGAUGGAGAUGAAGUGUGCUACAGUCCAGCAGUGGAGGUUGGAGGGCAAGGAUCUCACAUCUUCGCACUAGUGGCCGUUUCAUUGUUCUUCGUCUUCUUCCUGCUGGUCUUAAGCGCCUACAUGGCAGUGAUCAGGCACAUCUGGAGGUCCAAGAGAAACGCGGUCAUCUCUGACAGGCAGCGAGUCUAUGCAAGAGUGUUUCGGAAUAUCGUUGUCAUUAAGGUCGUGCUGGUGGUCUGUCUCCUGCCGCAUCACAUCUAUAAAGCCAUCUUUAUUAAUAUUGUCAAUGAGCAGUCUUUGUCUACAUCACCCACAACAGGUGCUUGCCAUCCAAUGUCCAUGUACGUGGAGAUAAAGAGCAUCCUCCUCUGUUUAGCAUCUCUGCGAUGUAGCACAGACCCCAUCAUGUACUUCUUGCUGGACAAGACGUUUCGUAAGCAUGCGCUUAGCCUGUUGAGAUUACACGCUAGCUCAAACGACAGUCAGACAUCGAAGUCUAAUGUGGGACAGUUAUCAACAACUGGGCAUCUUUAGACAUUACUUGAGAGGAUACUGUACGCUGACACAAAGGAGUCUCAUUGUGAACGAUGUUCCCUCACAGCUGAACAAAUGGCCACACACACCAAUAAGAAAGCGGAAGUGAAUGGGCAUCUCUUCAACUGGAUUACUUCCGCAUGUCCACUGUUCUUCAGUAUGGACCUGAAGCUGUGAGAACUCUUGUAUGGAAUUACACAGUGCUGAGAAAUGCUUUAUAAUAGAGGAUAUGUGGGCAGACACAGUGUAACCCAAGUUGAAGUUCCUAUAUAAUCGCCAGAUAUUUUGAAAAGAGACUACAAAUCAGACAAGAAUUCAUCUGAUGCUUCUGUUCCAAGCUCCAGAUUUACUUUUGAGGGCAGAAUUAUCAUUCAUAACGUCUAAAUAAGAAUUUAAAAGCAAAACGAUUGGAAGUAUAUAUUAGCGAAUAGAAAUGGCAGCCACUUACUGGUUACAAUGGUAAUUUGAUGUCUUUUUUAUUUUUAAAUAAGUUUGAGUUUUACUACAUAUUGAAACUUUUAGUUUUAUAAAUGGGGGUAAUCUUUGAAGGAUGAACAAAUAAUGUUUUGGUCUUCACAUUAAACAUAACACGAUAAUAUUAGAGUUUUGAAAUGCUGGAAAAAGAUGAGUGAAGUACUUGAAACCAUUUUACUAUUCCUGCCAAACUUCCAUGGUUACAGUUAGCGUUACUACAUUAAAUCCAUGGCAAAUAUUGUUAAUUUGUGCACUGAAAGCCCUCUAUAACUUGUUCAUUCAUUGGACAAUGUUUCUCCUGGUUUCCACAUCAGCACUGUUCGAUCUAAUAUCUACGGCUUAUAACGGAGAACUCUGCGCCGAAUUUGAAUGCUUCUCACGAGAUCUCGCAGUGGUGUUAUUAAUUCUGUGGUGAAUUCAAAUGCUUUCUUUACUGGGAGCACGCAUGUGGUGGCUGCCGGAUAGAUGAUGUGGUCUGCAUUAUUUGAUAUGUACAACCCACUCCUGGUGCCACAUGGUCAAGGCGGUGAGUAGCUCGUGGCUCGCACUGCACUGUCUGACACUGGUCCGAACUGAUAAAUGGUCCGUGAAGCACAAAUGAGUAGCGCGGUUUCGUUUCGCUUUCAUUCCAUUUGCCUUUUGAUUUUGGGGUAACGUUGUGCUGGUCGCACCUAACAAAAUUUAUUCACACUGGCUGGAAAAAUGAUCACAAAAUGUGACCAUUUAGUCACAGUCUGGAGCCCUGGUAGCUUUAAAGAGAUAGCUCAGCCAAAAUAUUACAAUUCUGUCAUCAUUUACUCACCUUAAUGUCAUUCUACACCUGAAUGACUUUUUUUCUUCUGUUGUAGACAGAAGAAGAUAUUUUGAAAAAUGUCUGUAUUUUUGUCCAUGAUGUGAAAAUCAAUGUUAAAAUCAGCUCUUCUGUUAUAUUUUCUUUUGUCUUACACUUAAAGUUAAAUGCAAGUUACAGAUCGCACUGUGAACGAUUCAUCCAUGCAUGUUUUACUUUUAUAAAAAUAUUUACGUUGUCAUUUUUAUUCAAAAUGUCGUAACUCGAUAUUCCGCUGAAACAACAGACCUGGUGACAUAUGCCUGACUUCUCCAAUCAUUUAGUCCGAUUAAACAGCAUCCCUUUCUUAAAAAUCGACUACAAACUUCCAUUCAAUCAGCAACUAAUGAAUUGAACAAAGUGCCCGCCCCACAUUUUUCUCACUGUUUCACUGUUUACAUCACGAUACAGAAGAAAAGAUCUGUUGCAACUUCCGUUUCAUCACAACUUAAAGAAAGUAAGUCAUAUAGGUUUGGAAAGAUAUUGGGGUGAGUAAAUGACAACAGAAUUUUCUGUUGUUUUCUGAGUGAGUGUGUGAGUGUGAACUACCCCUUUGAGAUUUUUUGCACAUUAUCAGUAUACCACAUUAAGUUUUAAUGACUGUAUCCACAUUCCAGGUUGUUUUUCAAACAUGUUACGUUACAGAUCUUGCCCAUGCAGGACAACUUGUUUCUUUUUUUGGUUACAUUACAUAUACCUAUUUCCUGUUUCCAUUUGCAUGCUGGUAAUUGUGGUGUGAUAGGCUUCCCAUCAGAUGUGCAAACAGAAUGUGUGCUUGCAAACAGUGCCUUUACUUUUUUGCAGCACAUAUGACUAAGUCGUAUCUAAUGAUGCAUGAUGGACUAGGUAUCCAUCUAUGUUUCUGAUGGAAGCAGCAUUAAAAGCCAUUACCUUACAGACAGUAAAUAUUAAAGUCUCUCAGGAGCUUCAAAGUCUACAUCAUUACUCCUAUAUAAGAGCUAGAUUAUAGUUGCCUAUUUUGCUUUUGUGCUGUCGAUUUAAUCUCAGCAAGAUAGCUAGCACCAUAAAGCAUUCUGCCAAAUUAAAGGUCAAAUCUUAAUCGAACUGUAUUUAAAAAAAAUCAGAAAGUUAAAAGAAAACCAUUUGCUUGGUGUAGCACCAUAUCAAUGGUGUAUAUGCUAAACAUUCAAAGCAAUUCAUAAAGAGCAAUGUUAAUGUAUGAGCAAGAUUAUUAAAAAAAACCUGAAAACUUUGCAGUCUUCACAGGUCAGCAAAAGCUCAGGAGAGACCGGUUUCUUUGGCACACUCUAAAAAACGCUGUCUUACUGCUGUUAACCGCUGCUAACCGCUGCUAACCGCUGCUAACCGCUGUUACGGUCUUAUUCAAACUAAGCAGAAAGUGACCAAGAAGUGCACUGCGUGGAGAAGAAACAUCCUGUUUCCAAAUAAUGUAUGUAGAGUUACGUCAUUGUAGAUUAAGAGACAUCAAGGAUUUGCCGUAAAUUAUGAUACACUGACCUCAGCCAUCGAGAUCAUCUCUGUUCUAAUAAGAUCUGAUUGCCCUGCAGCUGGUGAUGGUAGAUUUGUAUUUCUCUGAGGCAUCACACUCUGAAGGCCUGAUGUUAUCUUGCAAAUCACAUAUAUAAAGCCAAUACUUAUAUAUUCUGUCUAAAGUUUACUAAAGUUUGUCUUUGCAUUUAUUCUGAACACAGUAAUUAAACCAGUGAUUAUUAAGUCUGAUCAAUACCCUAUAUUAUUUAUGUAAGAAAACAUAUUUUGAGCAGUAAAAAUAAAUGUAGCAGGGUAUUUCAUUUUCAUGUUUAAGUUUUUAAUGUUAUAUGUCACAUUUCUUAGGUUUUAAAAGUAUUGUUAUAUCUUUGAGGUUUGUAUUCAAUAGCCUGUUUCAUAUCUGCCAAAUCCAAAUACUGAGAAUAAAGUUGUUAAAAAACA